AUGGAUGGAGUGGAUGAGAAAUGUAGUGUUGAAAUCGAAGAUUUGAAGAAGCAGAUUGAGAGACUUUCUAAAGAGAAUGUGUCUUUAAAAACCGAGCUUCAAAAAUUUAAAGAUAAUGAGCUUCAAAGAACAAACCAAGGUGAAGGGCAAAAUACUGCAAAAUUUGCAAAAAAAUUCUCUGAACUUUACGACAUCUUUUGGAAGAAUGCUUUCAAGGAGCAAAUUGAUAAAGAAGGAAAGAGUGAAGAGGAUGGAAUCAGUUUUCUCCUGGCUAUAAUAAAGGAUGCAAAUGAGUAUGCGAGCAAGGAUGUUAUUGAGAUUCAGAAAAUCAUGUCAGCAUUCAAACUUCCUCCUCUACCAAACGAAGAGAAGUUACCUCCAAAGAUGGUACACGUGUUUAAAGACGCUGCAAAAAAUAUGUACAAUAAUUUCAAAGAACCACUUGCCCACGUCUCCGUUGAGAAAUUUCUUCAAAGUCAGAAAAAAUCGGGAAAAACAUUUGGAAAAGCAACUACCGUGUACGCUGGAACAUGUGCAGUAUUUUGCUUGUUCAUGUAUUUCGAAGAUCCACCAGUUUAUCUCGACGUCGACAUCCCUAGCGGGGAAUUUGAUACUGAAAAAUACAGACCAUAUAAAAAUACUGGAGGGGAAUACAAAUAUCAAGUUUGGCCAUGUCUUUACCUGCAGAAAGGAGGACCAAUUCUUGGAAAGGGGAUUGCAGAAGGAAAAUGAAAUAUUUAGAUAUACAACGUAAUAUAUAUUAUAAAUUGCAUUUGAGAAAUGGAUACGCUAUUUCAGAUCAAAUUUCUUUGACUUUCGUUUACAUUGCAUUUAAUUUGUUAUGUGUAAUCAAUCUCGUCGAUAAUAUCACGCACACGAUACAUUUGUGACAGAGUAUUGUGUAAUCGCAACUGCUGUGUAAUGAAGGUAACUGUGCGUGAAACUCACGCAUUGUUUUGUAAAUACAGUAAUUAUUACAUUUAUUUUUGAGAACUCACAAGUCAUAUUGCAAUAGUUAAUUCGUGUUAAGGGACUCCGACCCUCAGCCAGGAAGGACAACUCUUUAAUUUAUAAUUUAAUUCAAAACGUCUUUAAAUAAAGCUUGAACAUUAAAUC